CAAACACCCCUCCACCUCCAUCGACCUCCUUAAAAUGGCCGACUCGGAAUAUACCGAUGACGAGACAGAAUAUGGCGGACCCUCCCACUCACAAGCGGUCCUCAUGGACGCGCUCCUGACGCCAUUCCGCGCACUGGUAUCCAAGACUGCACUUCGCAUAUACCUCAGCAUAAUCCUGUUCUCGGGAGCUACUCUAUUGCUUCUAGGCGUUUCGGGUAUUGCAUAUGCAAUCUUCUACUUGAGGUUCAUCCCUACGGUCGGGGUGGACCGUGAAAUUCACCUGCAGUUUGGUGAUCUCAACCCAUGGGGAAUUGCAUCUUUCGAGUCCGAAUUUGUCUCAUCCCAACCCUACGAUGUUUCCGUGUCGCUCGACCUACCCCGCACGCCUUCGAAUCUCGACGUGGGCAACUUCAUGAUCGACCUCACACUCUACGCCCCCGAGACCGCAUCCGUGCUUCCGACGGCGAGCAACUCACAGAAUAAAAUCUCGCACUCGUGUCGUCCAGCGAUCCUGACAUACGCCUCACCGCUCGUGGAUAUUGCGCGAAGACUAGCUCGCCUACCGCUGUACGUGGUGGGUUGGCGCCGCGAAGCUGAGACCCUAGAGGUGUCGAUGAUGGAAAGGGUGGAGUUUGCGCGAGGCACACAAAAUCGACCUCAGAGCUUGCGGCUUGAGAUUCAGAGCGACAGGAAAAUGCAGAUCUACUCUGCGCGCGUUGAGUUCCGUGCCAGAUUUACAGGGCUUCGGUCGUUUAUGUACCGCUGGAAGUUGACUUCCUUUGUGGUAUUUAGUUCAAUCUUCUGGACUGUCUCUAUGGCUUCUGCAAGUCUGACAUGGUUCGUCCUAACCUGGAUCAUGCAAUCCGACACGCCGAAGGGGGAGAUCAAGGAGGAGGAAGAAGAAGAAGAUUUCUCCAAGGCAAUCAAAGACGAGUUCGAAGAUAGUGGCUCAUCCAGUGAGCCCGUCAAGGUCAAGAAGGAGGAAACCGAGACCCGCUUGCUUCAAAGUCAUCCGGCCGAGGGCGAUCAUGCAGGUCUGGGUUCCGGACGGGAAAGUGCAGAAGCACGAGGGGUGCAGAGACGAAGGAGUCAUUCGACUGGGGGUGAUCAUUGAAAGUGAUAGUCAUGAGGAUUAAUGUCCAAAUCUUAGUAUACCCUUAAUUACUCACCUAUGAAUAACUAUGCAUGAUGUCUACCGAGGGCUGGUGUCAUGAUGUGAUUUGGAGGUCCGAUCCGAUA